AUGGACAAACUCGUGGCCAUGAUGGCCUUCUGCGAGGCGCCGCUCGACGCCACCUUGGCUCCGUCGGGGGCCGCCGGCUACGGCGCCUCCGCAACCGGCGGCGGCAACGUGGUGGCGUUGCUGGCUGCAGCCACGAAGAAGUGGCCGAUGGAGAGGCUCGUGGCCACGAUGGCCUUCUGCGAGGCGCCGCUCGACGGUACCACCUCGGCUCCGUCGUCGGGUGCCGCCGGGGGCGAUAGCGCCUCCGUAACCAACGUCCCCGGCGAGGCCGGCGGCGGCGAAGACGCGGCGGCGUUGAGGCGGGCGUGGCUGGCCGACGCCAAGAAGGAGUGCCCGUUGCGGGAGCACCGGCUGCUGCGCGAGAAGGCCAGGAACGUCGUCGAUGGGCUGGCGAUCUUCGAGACCGUCGCCUUGCAGUGA